GCCCGACACGGCCGACGCCGACCUGUUGUUCCUCGCCUCCGCCGGACCGAGCACGCCCAAGGCCCGUCGCCGCACCCUGACCCCCUCGGCCCAGGGACACCGCAGCCUCGCCCUGUGCUCUCCUCCUCCUGCGCCGCCCACGCCCGCGGAAGAGAAAUGCGGACAGAGACAGUGACGCAACACGGACGAAGCGUGACGAUAGCGACGGAGAGAUUCGAAAGGUGUUGAUAAAAGGAAACGGAAGUCACCGGGUGGAGUCCUGUGCUUGGAGUCGAACAAGUGCCAAAUUUUUAUCAUGAUAAAUCCGAGCAGAAUAUGACAGCGACUGGUCUGGCAUGAGAGUGAGUGAAUGCAAAACUCUGCAUGUGGUGCAACAGAUAGAAACCUUUAGAACUCGUAACAUGUGAUACUCGUACGAUUGGUGUAUACCCAACACUCAAUUACACUGUCUCGCUUUGCCUUGUAAAGUAUUCAUAUCAGUAUUAACGGAACGAAGUGCCAAAAUAAGUUCUUGAAAAUCGGAUGCUGAUUCUCAACAGCCGCUCAGUUAAAACCGCUCGCAUUGGUAUCUUGAUGCGCUCAAAUCCACAGCCAUUGGAACAGCGAACUCACUGGACAAUAUAUGGUCUUCCUCAGUUUCGGAAUAACUGUUUUCAGAAGAGGGCUUCCACAAGCAGGACGAUUCAGUAACACCUCCACGCACAGAGGCUCGCUAGGAAGAGUGAAUUGCUAAUAACUGAAUAACUAGUUGCUGAAUUGCUAAUAACCGGAUUACUAAUUACCCAAUUGUCAGUAAUCGAAUUGUUUAUAACGGAAUUACUAAUUACUGAAAUACUACCCAAAUUACCAAGUUUCCUAAAAUAUAAAACCCACGUAUCCCCCUGCAGUCCCACCGCCAGUACCCUUCCUCACCGAAGACCAUUUCGGCGCCAAACCAGACAGGGCAAGGAAUGCCAAACCCGCCGGGAACAAGUGCUGGCUCGUUUUCUGCUUCCCGAAGGGCGUGUCCGGAAGAGUUGCAUAAGCAGAUCAUUUAUUUAUUUUUUUGUUUUAUUCUCGAUCGGUCCAAUCUCGCUUAGGCUUGUGUUCCCCUUCUCCCCUAAAAAAAAAAAGCUUUAAGCGAAAUAUUCACAUAAUAAUUGUAAAAGAGAAAUCGAAAAUUUGAAGGAAAUUUCAGAAAAAAACGUGAGCAGUUUCUUGUAGUUUGAGAUUGGAAAGAGAAGUACAGGUUCUUGAAGACCGAGAAGAAAAGAUUUGUGGUAAAAAAAAGAAGAGGUUACUGAAAGCUUAUUAAGACAAACAAUGGGUAGCAGCUGCUCGUCUUCACAGUCUCUGAAGGACAAUGUAUCAGUCAAGAGUGAAGACUAUGCCAUGGACCAAAAGCCCUCCUCGCAGCACCAGCGCACCGCGACGCCCCCGCCCGUGCGUCCGGUCAGCUCAUCGACUUCGGACAAAAGUUACGACACGGAGAGCUGUAUGUCGGACAAGGCGGGCGGCGGCGGCAGUCGGCAGGCGCCGCGCCCCGCGCUCUCCACCAAUGUGCUGGAUAGCGACGCCGUCCUUGCCUCGGGCCUGUCCCAGCUGGAGAACGCGGCCGCGCCCGCCGACGCCAAGGAGACGCCCCGCAAGACCAAGGGCGUGAUCCCCCACCUGGGCCACCUGCCGGACCUCAACAAGCUCUCGGACGUCAUCAGGAACCUGGUGAUGGGCAACGUGGUCUUCGUGAAGCCCAUCCUGAAGCCGAGGAAGAUCUGCAUCUACACCUGCGCCGACCUCAAAGAUACCAUCAUGGAGCGGUCGGCGCUGAUGGAGCACGUGUACCCGAAGCUGCGUCUGUACUGCAUGGAGAAAGGCUACGAGCUAAACAUCGUGGACCUGCACUGGGGGAUCCCGGACGAGCACCUCAACGACCACUCCUUCAAAGAGCUGUGUCUCGGGCAGCUCACCACCCAGGCCCGGGACUCGCACAUCGUGACGGUGGUGUUCCUGAACGAGACCUUCGGCAACGCCCUCCUGCCGCGGGUGAUCGAGGGCCCCGACUUCGACCAGGCGAUCUCGGCGAUGGAGCACGACACCGACAGGGAGCUCUUCUGGAAGUGGUACCACUGGGACGAGAACGCGCAGCCGCCCUGCUACAAGCUGCAGCCCAUCAGCACCUACAUCCCCAACAUCAAGGACAGCAACAGCGCCAGCCUGCACCAGGAGGCCGUGCAGGACUGGAACAACGAAGUCAAGAAGAUGAUGACGCUGAUGAGGAUGGUGUUCAAUCAGGAGCAGAAGGAGAAGUACCUGUCGACGGUCAUGGAGCAGGAGAUCAAGCAGAGCGUGUUCAUGAACCAGGAGAGCGCCAAGCACUGCCUGUGGAUCUGCCGCAAGUUCACGCACUUCCCGUCGCACAACAUUCCGGCGCAGGGCAAGGUGUACGUGGCCGUCGAGCCCGAAAGCAAGAAGAGGCUCGACAUCCUGCAGAGCGAGCUUAAGGAACGCCUGGACGAAAUCCGCAUGCUGAAGUUCCGCGUGAAAUGGCACAACUCCGGCAUGAACCCCGAGGUGCCCGAGCAUGCGCAGUACGUGGAGGACCUGUGUGCGCAGAUCUCGCCGCUGCUCAUCUCGAUCAUCGACGGCGUCAUCGAGGAGGACGAGACGAAGGAGGAGCUCAAGUCCUACCUCGGCAUAGAGAAGCGACUGUUCCACGAGCUCAUGCAGCAGUCGCUCAUGUGCCAGUUCCGCUACAAGAACUUCCAGGGCCGCCAGGAGCUGCUGACCAAGAUUAGGAGGUACCUGAGCAACGACUCCUGCGUGCCCCUCAUCAUGCACGGCGAGGUCGGCUGCGGGAAGUCCUCGCUCAUCGCCAAGGCCAUGGAAAGAUGCUGCGAGUGGCUGGUCGACGUGCCCCUCGUCGUCAGGUUCGUAGGCCUCACCCCCGGGUCCUCGACCACGGAGCAGGUCCUGCGCUCCAUCGCCGAGCAGUGCUGCGCGCUGUUCGGGGACCACCCCGCGGAGGCAGCCAAGAGCGUGCGCCACAUGUCAGCCUUCCUGAAGCACGUGUGGUCGAAGGCGUGCAAGAUCCGGCCGCUGGUCAUCAUGAUCGACGGCAUCGACCAGGUCAAGGGCUACGGGUCGACGUCGCUGGAGUGGGUGCCCAGCGAGCUGCCCGAGAACGUCAAGCUCAUCAUGACGGUGCGGGACGACUCGCCGCAGAUGUCGCUCCUGCAGACCAUCAUCGAGGACAGGGCGUGCUUCCUGAAGAUCCCGCCCCUGACGAUCGACGAAGGAUACAACAAGUUCGAGGGCAUCCUGAAGCAGCACCACCGCAGCGUCAAUAAGGAACAGCGGGAGUUAGUGAGCAAGUACCUGCAGGAGUGCCCGCUGCCGCUCUACGUCGAGAUCAUGGGGCCGGAUGGCGUGCCAGUGGACGGGCGCCGAGACCCAGCUGCCUCUUCAGCCGAACCUGAUGGGGCUCAUCAACGCGGUUUUCGACGAGCUGGAAGUCGCCUACGGGCAGGUGGAGUGUCUCACACCCUCGGGUACCUGACGGCGGCCAAGCACGGCCUCUCCGACUCGGAGAUGAUCGACAUCCUCUCCUGCGACGAAGCUGUGCUCGAGAAGAUCUUCGUUCACUGCACGCCGCCCGUGCGGCGGUGCCCUUCGCUCCUGUGGGUGCAGAUCUCGAAGCAGGUGCAGCCGUUCCUGAUGAAGACGAUCGUGGCGGGCAUCUGCCUGUUCACGUGGCGCCACGAGAGCUUCCGGGACGCCGCCCACGCCCGCUACCUGGGCACGCCCGACCAGAUCAACAUGUGCUGCACGGCGCUCAUCGAUUACUUCCAGAGCAAGUGGGCCAACGGCGCCAAGAAGCCCGUGCCCGUGUACGAGGCGGGCGUGGAGGAAGGGAAGGACCGCUACGUGCUCGACCAGCCCACCAAGUACCGCGGAAGCAACAUGUCCAAGAUUUCCGUUCAGUCCCUGUUCAGCCGCCACAACCGCCGCAAGCUGGACGAACUUCCCUACCAAGUCCUGCAACUGAGAGGCCGCAUCCUGGAGGAGUUCGUGCUGAAGUUCGACUGGGUCUACGAGAAGCUCUGCGGCUCAGAUACGUACCAGGUACUGGAGGACGUGUCGCUCGCCCUCAGGAACCACAGCAACAACAUCGAACUCGUCCUGCUGAAGGAGGUGCUUGAGCUCGCUGCCUACGGACUCGGGUACGACGGCAGACAGUUCUACUCGCAGGUGUACGGGCGGCUGUCCACGCUGAUGUCGGACCCGCAGAACCAUGAGACGUACCCCAUCAUCAAGGAGCUGUACGACACGGCUGCCCGCGCGCCAGUGCCCUGCCUGCUGCCCCUCACCGUCUGCUUCCACGAGCCCUUCCAGGACCAGAACAUGAAGCUGGGUGACGGCCAGGUCUACUUCAACGCCCUCAUCCGCGCCCGCCACAACCCGCACUACGUGAUCACCCUGAGCACCGACCGCGGGGAGAUCGCCGUCUGGAACAUCUUCACCAUGUCGCCGGUGCGCACGCUCACGGGCAUCACGCAGCCCAGGAAGCUCAAGAUGAUUGACGACUAUCGCUGCCUGGUGCUCUGUGGUCGUGAACUGCGCAUCUACAACUUCGACGAGGGCCUCUUCGUCAUGAAACUGCGCGAAGUCAUGAACCAGAAGAUGCCUUUCUUCGGUCUGCAUGACAAGGACCAUGUGGUGGCGCUCUCUCGCUCGCGCAUGUACGUCAACAUGAUGAACCUUCAGAACGGCGACUGCGUGGCCACGUUCAAGGUCGGCGAGGACAGGUUCCUCAACAGCCUGAUGGUCUCCGAGAACGGCAAGAUCUGCGUGUGCGGCGACGAGACCCAGAAGCCGUCGGCGCUGCUGGUGUGGGACCUGGAACUGCGCAAACUGAUGUACGACCUGCGCAUCCCGCACCACGAGUUCAUCACGCGCCUCGCCGCCAUCACCAAGGAGGGCCACUACGUUUCCUGCGUGUGCCGGGAGGUGGAUGAACCAGCGCCCAAUUUCAUCGUGGUUUACGACCUCCAGAGCGGGACUCUCUUCAAGAAGUGGAAGCCCGGAGUCAACAUCAUCUCCAUCGCCAUCUCUUCAGCAGGAGGCUGCGUGGUCGUGGGCCUCGAGGACUCCAAGCUCAUGGCUUACGACCUCAUCACCGGGAAUCCCCGCUGGACACUGAAGGGCCACACCGCGCCUCCGAACACCAUCAGGUUGGACAACCGAGGUCUUCAGUGCCUCACCUUCGACUCCCUGGGUAGAGAUCGCUCGGUCAGGGUGUGGGACAUUCACACUGGAAACAGCCUAGCAGUGUUGACCCCUGACCAAGCUAUCACAGCGUGUGAGAUUUCAAGCGAUGGAAAAGCAGUCGUUAUGGCUCUUGAGGGACGCAAUGAAAUCGUCACCUUCCUUUUGUGCCACCAAACAGGCGUGGACGAACGACCAACACCUAAGUCAUAUGGCAAUGACACCAACCGCGGAAAAGUCUUUGACCUUAGCCAAGCUGGCACGUGGCCGAUGUCCGGAGACGCAGAGGAGAACAUGCUGUGGAGUUAACUCACCUUGUAGCUGUAUAUACAUAAGAGAUAAGGAUAAAGCUAGAUUAAGACAUAAGAUAUAUAUAUUUAUAUAUAUAUAUAUAUUUAGGUAUUCAGUGUGCAAUACUAGGUACCUGAAUCUUUAUUUUCUUUUUCUUGUUUCUGCCAUUGAUACUGAAUGUUUGUUUUUAACUCUAGUGUGACUUCUUUCUUUUUAAGCGCUGUAAAAAGAUCUGUAUUUGCUUCUGCUAUGGAAAUAUUUCAAGUCUAAAUAUGAUAUAGAUUUGUGUAAGCAUUUUAUACUCUAUUGUUUUCUUGAGUCUUAAGUGUUAUUUUUGUGUUAUAAAGAUCUAUAAGAGAUGAGAUAACAAUUUAUGUAAAGUAGAUUAAUGAGUCUUGGACCAAUGCUAUAUCAUAUCUAUAUUUUAAUACAGUCACAUAGGUUAAGGUGUAAAGUUGGCAGCCAUUAUUUUCAGAUGUAACUCAUCUUUCUUGUUUUCUUUUCAUCGUGUUAUGAAGUGUACCAUGUUUUCCAAAUUCAUUUUUAGUGUGCAGUACUUUUAAAAGACAGUGUAUAUUGUUGAUGCAUGAUGAUUAUUGUGUCAGACAUUGACAAUUACAAGGAAAAGGUGUUGAUGCAUGAGCACUUUGGCAAAUGGUUACUGGUGUCACAGAGCCUUGCAAUAAGUCCAACUUUUGAUUUAUACUUGAUCAACCUUUGACAGAAUGUUGUCUUAUAUUUUUAUUUUACUUCUGUCUUUAUUGAAGGUAUGGUAGUCUGUAUACUUAUUAUUAUGAUAAUUAAGAAUCUGUGAAUCUGAACUCUUACUGUACUUGCACAAAGAAAGCAUAUUAUGUAGUGCCAGUGGGAUGCAGAUCAGAAAGCCUUUAUAUCUUGUCAUGGGGUAUGUGUUGCCAUGGCAUCGUUUAACAGUAGAGCGAGAAUGUGUAGAAACGGCAGGAAUUUGAUUUUGCUGAAUCCAUCAGUAAACUGCAGAAUGGUAUUUUAUGGGGUUUAUGCUGAAAAUAUUCUUGAUGCUCUAUUUUCAGGGGGAUAAGUUUAUUUUAUGUAUUUUCAUAUUGCUCCUGCAUUUUGCAUAUUGUGUAUUGCUUUUUAUGCAUUACAUAUCUGUUACAUAGAGUGCUGUUUUCUCUCUUUAAAGGAAUGUUCUACACUUGACUGCCCUUAUAGAAAUAUCAGAAGGAAUGACAGUGUUAUUUGACCUAGAGGAAUGUUAAAUAUUAUUUUGACUGAAGAUAUUAUUUGACUUAACAUUAAUUAUAUGACCUAGGAGGAAUGUUAGAUAUUAUUUGACCUAAUGUUAAUUAUCUGACCUAAGAAUAGUGUUUAAUAUCAUUUGACCUAAUAUUAAUUAUUUGACCUUUGCUGAAAGUUAGGUAACAUUUAACCUUCAAAAAAUGGUAGAUGUUAUUUGACCAAAGAGGAGAAAGAAAAAUCCUGAAGACAAAUUCCAAAUCAAAGGCCUCCACUUUGUUUCUACACUUACUCUUACUGUCUCCUAGCUAUUGCACUUAGGACUUAGAAAGAGAGAGAGAGAGAGACUGCAUGUUCAAGCCAGUCACACACACUCACACACACACAUGAAAAAAAAUAUGUUGUACAUGUUUCAUUAAACAGGAUUCUGUA